CAUAUCUUAAGCACUGAUUAACAAUUUCCUCAAUUCUCCGCCGAAGAUACCCUCGUUUGAUACAGCUCUGUUCAGUGCUAGUUUAAGCCUCGCAAGCACCGGAACCUGCUCUUGGAGUUUCAUCUCUCGGGAGCCAGGCACAGCCGGAUCACGCUGUCUACCAUUUUCGACAUUACACUCAUCUAACACAUAUCACUAAAAUGGAGCGGUUUAAUCGGAUGUUGCAGGCUGCUCAAGGCAUGGGCAUGACCAACGCAGCUCCAGGCGCAGAUGCACCUAACCUCAUCGAUAACUCGGAAACGGUUCACAUAUCAUCGCUGGCCCUCCUCAAGAUGUUGAGACAUGGGCGGGCGGGUGUGCCCAUGGAAGUUAUGGGUCUCAUGCUGGGGGAUUUCGUUGAUGAGUUUACCGUGAGAGUUGUUGAUGUGUUCGCGAUGCCUCAAAGUGGUACCGGAGUUAGUGUUGAAGCUGUGGACCCUGUCUUCCAAACCAAGAUGAUGGAGAUGCUUCGACAAACGGGAAGGCCCGAGACUGUCGUCGGAUGGUACCAUUCCCACCCCGGAUUUGGCUGCUGGCUCUCCUCCGUGGACAUCAAUACCCAGCAAGCUUUCGAGCAACUAACUCCCCGCGCCGUCGCUGUCGUCGUCGAUCCUAUACAGUCCGUCAAAGGCAAGGUCGUCAUCGACGCCUUUCGCCUCAUUUCCUCGCAAACGCUCAUGAUGGGUCAGGAGCCCCGCCAGACUACCUCCAAUCUCGGUCAUCUGAACAAGCCAUCCAUUCAAUCGCUUAUCCACGGCCUAAAUCGCCACUACUACAGCAUUGCCAUCAAUUACCGCAAGACGGGACUGGAGGAGAAUAUGCUGAUGAACCUUCAUAAACAUGUGUGGACGGAGGCGCUGCACAUGAAUGAUUUUAGAUUGGAAGGGGACAAGAACGUGGAUAGGCUGAAGAAACUCGUCAGCCUCGCUGAAGGCUAUGCUAAGCGCGUGAAGGAGGAGACGGAGUUGACGAAAGAUCAAUUGAAAACUCGAUAUGUUGGAAAGGUCGAUCCGAAGAAACACAUCGAAGACGUAGCCCAACAGCUCAUCGAAGAUAACAUCGUCGCGGUUUCACGACAGAUGAUCGAUAAGGAAGCUUCCUUGGCCCGAGAAACGAGUAAAAAUGGGAUGCAGAGUGAGCUGAUGGAUGUGGAAGAGGAACUAUGAAGUUUGAUCGUUUUUAUGUUCAAUUUUCUACUUUUCCUUUUCUCUUCAGCGUGUAAUAUCAGGCUAUCAUUAUCUCUAGUUUCAUUCUCCCCCACCUCUUCUGCUGGAAACGACUAGUAUAGGAAGUGGGAAGUCUCACGGCCUUGAAUUUUUGGUCCACCUGUCUUAGAAUAUGGAUGGAUGGGCAGGUUUUAUCUUCUCGAUAAUAAAGAAAUAGAAACAAAAUUACAUGAAGGCAACCUGAUCU